AUGAAGAGGUUUCUGGUCGAUUCUGGUCUAGGAUCUUUACGAGUCUCAUGCAACACGACAAGGCAUGAUACUGCCCGGCUGCAGUACGAAAGAUACCUAGCAGCAUCGUACCAGAACUAUGUCGAUCCCGAAUGCGCUGUACUUGAAGGCCACAAGCCCAGAACUCAGCUGCUCACUUACAACGACAGCUAUGUCAUGGCUUGUGCGUACGCGUACAACAAGCUGGCGCUGUACGCAGAGGAAGAGCAGCGUAAGUACGCGGACCGCGUAGAACGCGUCAGGGCAAUGAUCCGCAUUGUCGACUUGGGACUGAAUGAAGAGAAUGAAGAGGAUUCGACCUCGUCCGAUGGUAACGACGACGAAGACGGUAGUUCAUACUUGAUUUUUCAUUAUAUAGACUCUACAGCCGAGUCUGCAGGAGGAGAUCGCCCAAGCAGCGACGAGGGAGAGUCCUCUUCACAUGAUCAGGACGAAGAAAAUGAUGAUAAUAACAUGGAUUAUGGUGAUCAAGGUACGUUCCUCUAGCC